AUGGCCUAUGCAGUCUUCUGGACAAUUUUAACGGCCACCGGCCUCCUCGUCAGCACUGCGUUCGCCGAGUCCGGAAAGCAGGCCACUCUGGCAAAGACUAGUGUGGACUCCGAAUUCCGAAAGCUGGCAGCCCCACCCACGGUGUCCCAGUUUCUGCGACAGACGUACAUCGCGGUGCGGGAGCUGGCCUUCGAUUGGAAGAAGUACCCCUACGAUCAUGACUUCACUGUGCGCAUGUUCACCGACGGUCUGCCCAACCGCUAUGAGACCUGUUUCGUCAUAGUGGUGACGCUCUCCUUUAUCCUCUUUCGCGCCAUCGUCGACCCCCCACUAAGGGUAAGUGUCCAUACAAAUCAUGUUGUCUACGUGUUCAUGUAUGCAACUGAAUUCGUAUUUUGA